AUGAGUCGGUACCGACCACCAAAGAGUGACUCCAGCUUCACUGGAGCUCUGACAUCACAACCAGGGGUAAGCAAAGGAGGGCUCUUUGUAAGUCUGUAGCUCUAGAUUCAUAGUCAGACGGGUGUAUCUCACUGUAUGUCAUUUUGACAGUAACCCUCCAAAAAGUCAUUCAUAAACCUUUUAAAUUGCCAUAUGUAGUAGAAUGCUGUUUCAUGGGCUUUAGGAAUGUGACUGAAAAAGUAAAAAAAGAACAAAUAACCUGAAAGUAUCAGUGAAGGCCGUGGUCAAGGCUACGACUGCGCCAGGAAAUGAAUGGUGUUUACUCAGGCGUUCAAAAGCGCAUCUCACACCAAGAGCUUACUGCAUCUUAUGUAGUUCUUUAUUAGUUUUAGUUUAGAAAACGAUCUUUCCGCAGAAGCAACAGUUACAGGGAUGGUAAAAACAUCUUGAUUGCCAUAGUAACAUCAGGGAAACUGCAGAAGGGAGUUGUGCUUCAAAUACAGCAGUUCUGUAACAUUUAAUUGAGCCUCUCAUUCUUCUUAAUUGCCGACCUUACGGAAAGAGAUUAACUGAAGGCUAUAGGAAGCUCUGGGACAGGUUGUCUGGAUACUGGACAUCCAAUAAAUUGUGAGAUGCAAACAGAUUGUGUUUCGGAGACAACAGUUAUUGAGGGCUUGCCUUGAGCAAAAAAAAGCUGUUUGCGAUUUCGUUAAUACUGGUGAACCGGGGUUUGAAUUGUGUGUUGCAAUAUCAACAGUCCCUCGUCUCUGGUAUAGCCUACAUACACAGGCUACAUUUUAAAACGUUUAUAGCGCUUUUCAAAGGAUCUCGAAGCGCAUAAAAAGUAAAACAACAAACAAAAAAUGAAAUGAUGGAGAUUGAAAGUCUCAGUCGGUUUGGGAUGAAGUUGAGGCAGUUUGGGCUGGAAAGACAAUGUAGGUUCAGUGGAGGGGGUAUCGAUGGGACCGCCAAGGAGAAACAACGACAGUCUGAUAAAGCAGGCCCGGAGCUUUUCAACAGCCCACCACACCUGCUUCUCUAAAUGGUCAGUCACUCCAUUGGAGCCGCUUAUCUGGUACUGGUCCUCCAUUGCUAGGAAUGUACACUGAACAAAAAUAUAAACGCAACAAUUUCAAAGAUUUUACUGAGUUACACUUCAUAGAGGGAAGUCAGUCAAUUGAAAUAAAUGAAUUAGGCCCUAAUCUAUGGAUUUCACAUGACUGGGCAGGGGCGCAGCCAUGGGGGGCCUGGGAGGGCAGGUGAAGAAGCCAGAUGUGGAGGUCCUGGGCUGGCGUGGUUACACGUGGUCUGCGGUUUUGAGGCUGGUUGGAUGUACUGCCAAAUUCUCUAAAACGAGACGUUGGAGGCAGCUUAUGGUAGAGAAAUGAACAUUCAGUUCUCUGGCAACAGCUCUGUCAGCAUGCCAAUUGCACACUCCCUCAACGUGAGACAAGAUGCACCUGUUUAAUGAUCAUGCUUUUUAAUCAGCUUCUUGAUAUGCCACACCUGUCCAGGUGGAUGGAUUAUCUUGGCAAUGGAGAAAUGCUCACUAACAGGGAUGUAAGCAAAUUUGUGCACAAAAUUUGAGAGAAAUAAGCUUUUUGUGCAUAUGGAACAUUUCUGGAAUAUUUUAUUUCCACUCAUGAAAAAUGGGACAAACACUUUACAUGUUGUUCAGUAUAGCACCCAGCACCCACUGUGAUGCCACGGCUGCUGAAAAGCGACCACAUUUUGGCAGUGGUUACGAGCGUUCCAUGAACAGUCCCUGAACUUCCUCUGCUACCUCUGGACACAGCAUGCAGUCUUUGGUGUAAUACUUCCAAACAGAUUAAACAAAAAGCUGCAUUAUUGGAAUCCAAACAGCCAGCUAGCUAUCUAUCAAGCCAAAAUAUAAUUUUCAUCAUGAUCCUGCAACUCUGAGAGUCAAGAUCACAGAAUAUAGUGAUUAAACCCUAGAUAAUAACAGUGGAGGCUGCUGAGGGGAGGACGGCUCAUAAUCUUGGCUGGAACGGAGCGAAUAGAAUGGCAUCAAACGCGUGGCAACCAUGUGUUUGCUGUAUUUGAUACCAUUACGCUCCAGCCAUUACCACAAGCCCGUCCUCCACAAUUAAAGUGCCACCAACCUCCUCUGGAUAGUACACUGCAUAAUGAAACAAUCCCUAGUAAGCUAGUGUUUUGAGGGUGGACUGACAGCAUUAUUUGGCAUUAACAGACUGGUUUUACGCACAACUUUCUAUCCAAACUGGGAUAGAGCGCGAGGAAGGCUCCUGUCAUGCAGGUUCAGGUAGCCUAUACAGGUAGUCACCUGGAAUGCAUUUAAAUUAACAGGUGUGCCUUGUUAAAAGUUAAUUUGUGGAAUUUCUUUCCUUCUUAAUGCGUUUGAGCCAAUCAGUUGUGUUGUGACAAGGUUGGAGCGGGAUACAGAAUAUAGCCCUAUUUAGUAAAAGACCAAGUCCAUAUUAUGGCAAGAACAGCUCAAAUAAGCAAAGAGAAACGACAGUCCAUCAUUACUUUAAGACAUGAAGGUCAGUCAAUACGGAAAAGUUCAUGAACUUUGAACGUUUCUUCAAGUGCAGUCGCAAAAACCAUCAAGCACUAUGAUGAAACUGGCUCUCAUGAGGACAGCCACAGGAAAGGAAGACCCAGAGUUACCUAUGCUGCAGAGGAUAAGUUCAUUAGAGUUACCAGUCUCAGAAAUCGGCAAUUAACUGCACCUCAGAUUGCAGCCCAAAUAAAUGCUUCACAGUGUUCAAGUAACAGACACAUCUCAACAUCAACUGUUCAGAGGAGACUGCGUGAAUCAGGCCUUCAUGGUCAAAUUGCUGCAAAUAAACCACUACUAAAGGACACCAAUAAGAAGAAGAGACUUGCUUGGGCCAAGAAACACAAGCAAUGGACAUUAGACCGGUGGAAAUCUGUCCUUUGGUCUGAUGAGUCCAAAGUUUUGGUUCCAACCGCCAUGUCUUUGUGAGACGCAUAGUAGUUGAACGGAUGAUCUCUGCAUGUGUGGUUCCCACCGUGAAGCAUGGAGGAGGAGGUGUGAUGGUGUGGGGCUGCUUUGCUGGUGGCACUGUCAGUGAUUUAUUUAGAAUUCAAGGCACACUUAACCAGCAUGGCUACCACAGCAUUCUGCAGCGAUACUAUCAUUUGUUUUUCAAGAGGACAAUGACCCAAAAUACACCUCCAGGCUGUGUAAGGGCUAUUUGACCAAGAAGGAGAGUGAUGGAGUGCUGCAUCAGAUGACCUGGCCUCCACAAUCACCCGAUCCCAACCCAAUUGAGAUGGUUUGGGAUGAGUUGGACCGCAGAGUGAAAGAAAAGCAGCCAACAAGUGUUCAGCAUAUUUGGGAACUCCUUACAUUUACAUUUUAGUCAUUUAGCAGACGCUCUUAUCCAGAGCGACUUACAGGAGCAAUUAGGGUUAAGUGCCUUGCUCAAGGGCACAUCGACAGAUUUUUCACUUAGUUGGCUCGGGGAUUAGAACCAGCGACCUUUCGGUUACUGGCACAACGCUCUUACCCACUAAGCUACCUGCCGCCCUUCAAGACUGUUAAAAAAGCAUUCCAGGUGACUACCUCAUGAAGCUGGUUGAGAGAAUGCCAAGAGUGUGCAAAGCUGUCAUCAAAGCAAAGGGUGGCUACUUUGAAGAAUCUAAAAUCUAAAAUAUUUUUAACAGUUUUUUGGUUACUACAUGAUUCCAAAUGUGUUAUUUCAUAGUUCUGAUAUCUUCACUAUUAUUCUACAAUGUAGAAAAUAGUUAAAAAAAAUAAAGAAAAUCCCUUGAAUGAGUAGGUGUGUCCAAACUUUUGACUGGUACUGUAUAUUUUGAAGUUAUUUUUAUUAAGUAAACACACACAGUGAUUUAUUAGACAUGCAGUGAUGAUUUAAAAAUAACAUUACAAAGACUGCAUUGGAGCUUUAACCAGUCUGUUGAGAACUUGUUCUCAUCUACAAUAACAGCCUGGCCAAGAGCUUGUUGACUGAUUUGUGUGUUGUCCCUCUCCCAGCCCCCUGCUAAGGAGGCCACUCCCUGUGAGUAUGCUGGCAUACUGGGGGACAGCUCGGAGUCUGACCAAGGUAAGGAAUCCGAUUGGCUGCCUGAGCUGCAUUGUUACCAGCAGCAGGACAUGGCAAUACUUCCAUUUCUUCUCUCUGUUGUUGUAUGCUAGCAAAGCUGUGAACACCCUGUCCUCUCCUCUCCUCAGAGCCCAGUCCAGAGGACCAGCUGGCUGUCUCCUGGGAGAACCUUCCUAUACUGGAAAGACUGGGCCUCAGCACGUCAGUUGAUACUCAGACACACUUUUAACACUUUUUCGAUAUUUACAACCUCACCAUUAUAUUCCCCCUUUCUUUCCCUUUCCUCAAUACCAUCUCUCUCCUGCCCUUAGUGGUACAGAGAUGACUGAAGAUGAGGUAGAGGUGAGAAUUAUUUGUGAUUAGUGCACUUAGACAUACACACUCCACACAUCACACACACACUGUUCUGUCCCCUAUAGAGUGCGUUUACCCAGCUGGCUCUGGCGUUCCGUUGUGACCAGUACACCCUGGCCCAGAGACUGCAGGCUGAGGAACACGACAGAACUGUGGCCCAGGAGAACCUCAACCUGGAACUGGAGCGUGCCAGAGACACUCUGCAGGUAGGUAUGUAUGCAUAGCAGCGGGAAGUAGUUUGGGGAUGCUGCGCCAACUCACAACUUACAGUAGUGAGUGCAUACAUUUUCAUACUUUUUCGUAUUGGUCCCCCGUGGGAAUCAAACCCACAACCCUAGCGUUGCAAGCACCAUGCUCUACCACUCAGCCACAUUAUCACAUCAUCACAAACCACUUGAUGACUCAAUGUACUCAAUUACUGUAUUGUGCAUUGUUUUUCUUCAUGGUGAUGGAAGGUCUACAGGUAUAAACCUAGAUGACCAGCCUAUGUACAAUACAGUAAUGUACAUUUACAUUAAGUGGUUUGUAAGGAUGGUUGUUUUCCAUGUUAUUUGAUCAAGAAAAAUAUUUAAUUUGAUGUGGAUGUUUUGGGUCUUUUCCCAUAACUUUGCACCUUUUGAUGUAAAUGUUUGAGGACAAGGUUUUGUUAUUUCUGGAUUCCAUUAGAAUGAGGAUUGCAGAGAAAGGGACACGGCAACAACACUUACAUUUCCAACUAUUGAACCCUGCAAGAUACUGUUCUUAAUUAUACAACUAGCUGAGAUGCUGAAAAAAUGGUUUGCCUGCGCUACAGACGUCUAUAUCGGUCUGCUAAUAUAGGACAAAAAAUCAAUUGUAUUAAUAUAUAUUUUUAAUUCCGAUUUUUCAGGGUGUGCUGCAGCACCCUCAGCACCCCUACUUCCUGCGGCUGUGUAUUUGUGCACGUGUUUGACCUGGCUGCUUGACUCUUGUACAGUAGUUGAUGGUCUGAUAAAUGUCUGUUUAAACCUUAUCUCUCUCGUUCUCCUCUAAUCCUCUCUUCCCCUCCUCUCUUCUCUCCUCCCUCCCUCACUCCUCUCCUUCCCCCCUCUCCCACUCCCUCUCUCCCAGUCUCUGAGAGGUAGGUGUGUAGACGCUGAGCGGUCAGAGAUGUUGAGUUGUAUCGAGGCCAGUCUGGACACAGUGCUGGAAGGCGUGAGUGACAUUAUCGCUGCUGCUGAGAUGCUGGGGGCCGUGCACCAGGUGAGGAAGUGAUGUCAUCACGACAGCGACACUGUCUGACGCCCUAGGCUUGCUCUUUUGGGGUAUAAGUCCAGGUUUUGAUUAAUGCUCAAUGAAAAAUUACUUUGUAUAAAAGUGCUAUACAAAUAGUUUAAUUGAUUGAUUGAUUGGUUUAUUGGUUGGUUGGUUGGUUGGUUGAUUCAUCGAUGUCUCUGCUGGGUCAGGAAGCGCGUGUGUGUUGUUCUGUGGAAAUGAUGGAGGUUCAUGUGGAACACCUGAAGCGUCGACAUGCCGUGGAGAGCGCCGAGCUGCUGGAGACCAGGAAGCAGCUCCACCGCAGGAUUCACAGCGACUCAGGCAAGUGCUGCCCUUCUGUGGCACGGAGGAACUAUGACACAGACAACAGAUAAUUGAUUUGUUGGGGGGUUACUUUGUUGUGGACAUGUGAAAGUACAUUUAAGCCCACUGCACUAUUUUCUGAAUCAAUCUAUUAUUUGAAGUAUUGAUUCUUAUAUGAUUAUCAUAAUAGGGAACAGUUUAAUCAAACUGUACAGUGUAACAAGAUAGUUCACAUAUGGAAAGGCUGUGUUCUGACUGUUGGCUUUCAGAGGAAGGAGACGUCAGGAAUCGGUUUGUCAGACGAGACUCCCUACAGGUAACAGACACUUCACUUCAAUGUGUUUUUCUGUCCUGUCUUCACAUAUUCUGCCCUCAAAUAUCUCAGUUAAAUGAAUGAAAAUAUCAGUGGGGGCAGGCCAGAUGCUUUUUAAUUUUUUUUCAAAUGUUUCACUUCUUUUUCUCUCCUUCUUUCCCCAUCUUUCUUAGACCCUCACUCGGCGAAGAGUCAGCGUAACACUAAUCCCAACGGGGUCCCAGGUUAGAAACAAUAACAAUAUAAGACUUACUCCCAUUGUCGCCCUGUGACCAUUGUAUACAUAACUCUUAUUCUGUCCUGUCUUUUCUCCCUCCUCUUCCAUCUCCACCUCUCAUUUUCCCUUUCUUAGCUCAGUGACCUAGAAGCCAAGUUCCAGGAGGGUUGCAGGGCCGGUGCUGACACUGACAGCCAGGGGCCAGAAGGAGGCAGUGUGAACCAAGCCAGCAGGUACAGUAAAACCUGCCCUGUCAUUUGCACGGUUGUUCGUCACUAGUCGCUAGAUGGCCAUGCUAGUCACUAGUCAAAGUGAAGGCGAGCCUUGGCUUUCAUAAGUAUGUGCACCACACAGGCUUAGACGCAAGUGCACAGACUGCAGUAUAAACCUAUGAUGACUAACUGCUGAUAAAUAAGAACUGCUGUAGAGAACACAUUGUGUGUGCAUGGUGUCUGCUGAUCUUGUGGAUUAUCAAUGUGCUGCGCCUUGUGUUCAUAGCAUCAGAACUAUGUUGACCUCUGCAACGGCAGCAUUGUUUCUUGUGUAUUACAUUCCGUUACCUUGUGAGGACUUUAGUCUUAUAAAACACAAAGUAAAUGUGGAUCUAACUGAUGAAAGUGGAAAUGUAACUGUUUCUCUCCUUUUAAAGGCCCUCUGAGAUGAUGUCCCCCCUGGCAAGCCCAUCCCCCCACGCCACCCUCCUCAUUAGACAGAGCUCCACACAGAGCUCCCAGAGCCUGGAGGACGAGAGCGAGGUAGCCCCUCACACCAGGUAGCCCCAUCAACUGGUUCACCAUUGUCUCAUUGAGAUUUGAAUAAGGACCUGAGCAAGGUUCAGGUGUGGCUGAUGCAGGGCUUUCCCUUCCUCUAAUGCUGUGUGGCUGCCUGUGUCUGUGUGUGUCAGUUCCCUACAGAUGACGCUACAUCACAGGCGGAGGUCUGCCAUCCUGGAGCGUGAGGCCAGUUCAGAGGAGGCCGAAGCCGAGGGUUCAGGGGUGGAGUCAGCAACGGGGUCAAGAGCAGGGUCAAUAGCUGGCACAGCCGAGCCCAGUGAGCUCUCUAUGGCCGAAUCAGUCUGCACCUCAGAACCGUGAGUAUUAAGAUUACUUAACAUUAUUAAGAUGUUAUUAAGUUGCUAUUAAAUCGUACUAAAAUGUACUAAGAUGACUUACAACUUCAUAUUAGUAAUCUGAUAUAGCAGAUGGUUGUCAUUAUCUGGCCAUGCUAGAAAGUGUGUAUGUUGAAGGCAAUAGUCCCCUGUAGCUCAGUUGGUAGAGCAUGGCGCUUGCAACGCCAGGGUUGUGGGUUCGUUUCCCAUGGGGGGCCAAAAUGUAUGCACUCACUAACUGUAAGUCGCUCUGGAUAAGAGUGUCUGCUAAAUGUCUAAAAUGUAAAUGUAAAAUGUAAUAGUGAUAAUGAUGACGUGGGAUAAUGGGAUAACUGUGGGAUAAUGAUGAUGUGGGAUAAUGAUGAUAAAUCUGGCCAUAGCAUGUACAUUUACUGAGGUCAUGAUUUGAAUCUGCUUGUUUCCCUCCAGGCCAGUGGUUCUGUCAGAGCAGCAUCCCCUAGCUUCCUGGCUGUCUUACUGUCGCUGGGUGCUGGUGCUACUGCUCCUCCUGGCUCUCUCUUUCUUCCUCAUGCUGGGGUUCCUACUCUGGGGCCUGAAGGUUCCUCACCACAGCCCUAGCUUCUGA